GAAAUGUCGUACAGAUGGAGUCAUUAUCAUCUCCGGUGCCCUCAGCACCACCACAACCACCCCAAUUCCAAUACCCUCCGGCAGCCACAGGAAUUCCGGUGAAAUCGAUGCACCAAUUUGAAACCCCGGUUGAGGCUGUUCAAAUUCCAUCUCAUGUUCCAGCCCCAUGGUCCACCGGCCUCUGCGAUUGCUUCGACGACAUUAGCACCUGUUGUUUAACGUUCUGGUGCCCUUGUGUUACAUUUGGCCGGAUUGCAGAAAUCGUUGAUAGAGGAUCUACUUCAUGUGGAGUGAGUGGAGCGCUAUAUAUGUUGAUACUGUUGAUGAGUGGUUGUUCAUGUUUUUAUUCGUGUUUCUACCGAUCAAAACUGAGAGGACAGUAUUUCUUAGAGGAGAGUCCAUGCACUGAUUUCUGUAUUCAUUGUUGUUGUGAGGAAUGUGCUUUAUGUCAAGAGUACAGAGAGCUUAAAAACCGUGGCUUUGACUUGUCAUUUGGUUGGCAUGGGAACGUUGAAAGACAGAAUCGAGGAGUUGCAACCCCACCAACAGUGCAAGCAGGCAUGAGCCGGUAA